AUGCGCGCAGUUUCGCUUCGCGCAGCCGGUGUGACAGCAUCUGGGGAGUGUUGCGGGGCGGUGGGAGCUGGGUGGGUAGCUGUUGGUGCUAUGGCCACCGUACUGAACCUCAACAACGAGGUUGUGAAGAUGAGAAAAGAUGUGAAGAAGGCCAGAGUCCUGACUAUUCGUAAACUAACCAGGCACAUCGGGAAAUUAAAGUUAAAAAGGGGUUCCGAAGACUUGAAACUGAAGAACCAAAAACGAGUUGAUAGAUUAAUAGAAGAAAUCCAUGCCAUGAAGGAAUUAAAGCCAGAUGAAGUUACCAGACUUGCACUUAGGACAGAAAUUAAUUUUGAAAGUGUCUGCAGAAAGCCAAAUUGUACUGCAACAGAGCGAGCCAUUGCAAGACUUGCAACACACCCCACCUUGAAACCCAGAUUUGUUGAACUUAAAGCUGCUGUAAAAGCUUUUAAGGAUGCAAGAAAGAACCCAGACAAAGCCACUCAUUCGAAAAAGGCUACGUCGGAAGAAGAGCCUAAAUCAGUGCAACAUUUCAGUAACAUUGUGGAUGACCAGGCUCUUAAACUAGCUCAAAAACAGCAAGGAUGUGAACACAAAAGAAAAAAUAGUAUGAACGUAGGAACUGAUGAGGUUGCUGAAGAGCCUUGUGAGACUGAGUCUGAGCAGAAAGCUGUAGAAAUUAAGAGAGCAUAUGUUCUAGAAAAAUCUUCAUUUCAGGCAGUAGAAAUGCAAGCAGUCGGCCAGAAUAAAAUGGAAAGGAAACUUGGCUAUCAAACAAGGAAAGAAAAUAGAAGCUUGAACAAAUUAAAUGCAAUAAAAAUUAAUGAUGAUAGAGACCAGAAACAUCCUAGUGAAGAGGAGUACUUUGAUGAUAGUACUGAAGAGAGGUUUUAUAACCAGUCAUCAGAUUCUGACAGUGACAGCAAUGAUGAUUUCUUCAUUGGCAAAGUAAAAAGAAAGAAAAAGUUAUCAGCAGUUACUGCUCUUUCUUCAGUAAAAGCAAAGGAUGGACUUCAGAAGAACAUAGUGAAGAAAGAAAAGAGCACAGUGGCUAGGGCAGAGCAAGAUUUGAUCAUGGAAGAAGGAAAGCCACAUGCAAAAGCAAGCAAGCUAGAAUCAGUGUUCUGCAGUUCUUUGUCUGCCUCUAAUCAGAAAUCUCAAAAGAGAAGAAAUACGAAAGACCAGCCUCACAAAAAUGAAAGAACAGCUCUUUAUAAAAAGGAACCACAGCUCAAGAAGCAACCAUUUGUAAAAGCUGCAGGUGUUAAAUGUGACAAUAAGAAAGCAUUUUUGGAGCAGCCUCUUCAUCCAUCGUGGGAAGCAAGCAAGAGACGCAAGGAACAAAUGUCUCAAAUUACAGCAUUCCAAGGAAAAAAGAUUAAAUUUGAUGACUAAACUAUAUGUAAAUUAACAUUUUGAAAGAAGAUUCUUGCAGAUUUGCAACCCAUGGUAUUUUCUUGUAACAACUGCUGUUUGAACACUUUUACUAUACUGUCCUUAUCCUUUGCAACCUAUAAAACAGCAACUGCUAGAACUUACCAUCUGUUAAUAAUGAAGAUUGCUUCAUUUAUUCAAUGGACUGUUGAUUAAUGUGUAUUAUUUGUUGCUGGUUCAUAAGUCCCAUUACAUAGUGCCACCAUUUAUGAAGUACACCCUAACAUGAAUGAAUGGUUUUUAGGAACAUAAUUUUGUUUCCUGUAAGAAUAGUACAGUUUCUCUGGAGCUUUUUCUUAGUGUAAAAAUGUGCUUUGAACUAUGCAAGGACUUGAAUGUCAAGAGAGGAGAAAAUACAAAGUAUUUAGGUGAUUAUCCUAGACCUGUAUUAUCAAGUACAUCUCAACCGAUGCAGUUGAAAGUAAGAGAUUCUUAAACAGACUUUACAAAACAUGAAUAUAUCAGGUAUCUGGAAAAACUGGUCAGUGGUACGUGUGAUAUGAAAAUUUCUGGAGAGCAAUAAAAUAGUGGCCUGUAAAAUUGUC